AUGGGCCAGUGUAUAAAAGCGUUGGUUGAAUGUGAGUUCAUUAUCUAUCUAUCUAUCUAUCUAUGUCUGUUCAUUAUCUAUCGAUUACGAUCUUUUCAUAUCUAUCACUAUGUGUCUGUUCACUAUUUCGAUUUUUUUCCUAUCUAUCUAUCUAUCUAUCUAUCUAUCUAUCUAUCUAUCUAUCUAUCUACAUUCCUAAUGGUUGUUCCCAAAUUUAUCUAUUAUCCAUACUUAUCUCAUUCUGUUCGUAUCUAUCUAUCUAUCUAUCUAUCUAUUUAUCUAUCUAUCUAUCUCUGUUCACUAUUUCGAUCCUUUCAUAUCUAUCUAUCUAUCUCUGUUCACUAUUUCGAUCCUUUCAUAUCUAUCUAUCUAUCUCUGUUCACUAUUUCGAUCCUUUCAUAUCUAUCUAUCUAUCUAUCUAUCUAUCUAUCUAUCUAUCCUAAUGGUUGUGUAUUGGUGCAGACAUAUUUCUUUGUGUUACUCCAAUUAGGCCUUCGCAUUUUCUUCGUAUCAAUUCCACGUGAUAUAUCUUUGGCCAUUCAUAUGCAACGUCUGUCACGAGUUCCUAUCUAUCUAUCUAUGUUCAUUAUCUAUUUCGAUAUUUUCAUAUCUAUCACUAUAUGUCUAUUCACUAUUUCGAUUUUUUCUAUCUAUCUAUCUAUCUAUCUUCAUUAUCUAUUUCGAUCUUUUCAUAUCUAUCACUAUAUGUCUAUUCACUAUUUCGAUUUUUUCUAUCUAUCUAUCUAUCUAUCUAUCUAUCUAUCUCCGUCUGUUUACUAUCUCAGUUCAGUUUAUAUCUAUCUAUAUAUCUAUCUAUCUAUCUAUCUAUCUAUCUAUCUAUCUCAGUCUGUUUACUAUUUAUCUCAGUCUGUUUACUAUCUAUCUCAGUUUACUAUCUAUCUAUCUAUCUAUCUAUCUAUCUCAGUCUGUUUACUAUUUAUCUCAGUCUGUUUACUAUCUAUCUCAGUGUACUAUCUAUCUAUCUAUCUAUCUAUCUAUCUAUCUAUCUAUCUAUCUAUCUCAGUCUGUUUACUAUUUAUCUCAGUUCUGUUUACUAUCUAUAUAUCUCAGUCUGUUUACUAUCUAUCUCAGUUUACUAUCUAUCUAUCUAUGUCGAAAUAG